GCCCGGAUGAAGAGUAACGCCAUUGCCGCCGGAGCCGCCGAGAGCCCUCGCGGACGGGGACUGGACACUGGACCGGCCGCGCCAUGAGACUCCUCCCCCGCCUGCUUUUGCUUCUCUUGCUCGUGUUCCCCGCCACCGUCUUGCUUCGAGGCGGCCCGGGAGGCUCAUUAGCAGUGGCUCAAGAUCUGACAGAAGAUGAGGAAACAGUGGAGGAUUCGAUAAUCGAAGAUGAAGAUGAUGAAGCUGAGGUGGAGGAAGAUGAGCCCACAGACUUGGCAGAAGAUAAAGAGGAAGAGGAUGUUUCUAGUGAACCUGAAGCUUCACCGAGUGCAGAUACAACUAUCCUGUUUGUAAAAGGAGAAGAUUUUCCAGCAAAUAACAUUGUGAAGUUCCUGGUAGGCUUUACAAACAAGGGUACAGAAGAUUUUAUUAUUGAAUCCCUGGAUGCCUCAUUCCGUUAUCCUCAGGACUAUCAGUUUUAUAUCCAGAAUUUCACAGCUCUUCCUCUGAACACUGUCGUGCCACCCCAGAGACAGGCAACUUUUGAGUACUCCUUCAUUCCUGCAGAACCCAUGGGUGGGCGACCUUUUGGGCUGGUCAUCAAUCUGAACUACAAAGACCUGAACGGCAAUGUGUUCCAAGAUGCUGUCUUCAAUCAAACAGUGACAGUUAUUGAAAGAGAGGAUGGAUUAGAUGGAGAAACAAUCUUUAUGUAUAUGUUCCUUGCUGGUCUUGGGCUUCUGGUUGUUGUUGGCCUUCAUCAACUCCUAGAAUCUAGAAAGCGCAAGAGACCCAUACAGAAAGUAGAAAUGGGUACAUCAAGUCAGAAUGAUGUUGACAUGAGUUGGAUUCCUCAGGAAACUUUGAAUCAGAUUAUGCAGAGUAGAAGAGAUAAAGCUUCACCAAGAAGAUUGCCCAGGAAACGGGCACAGAAGAGAUCAGUGGGAUCUGAUGAACGCAGGAGGAGGGAGACGCACUGAUGGCAUUGACCUCUCCUGCAGGCAGCUCGGCAGAUGGCAUUGACCUCUCCUGCAGGCAGCUCGGCAGAUGGCAUUGACCUCUCCCGCCGCUCCAGGUCACCAGGUCUCCUGGUCUCCAGGUGCAAGGGCUGCACUCUCUGCCUCGGCGGCUUCAGGAAAACCCUGGACAUGUGGUCCUUGGCCAUCUUUUCUGCACCGUUUGCUAUUUGUGAAGCUUAGGACAGCACCAACUCACUCAACUGGAUCCUCAACCAGAUCGCUCUGUGAAGUCACCGCUGAGAACAGCUGUGUAACCAGGGCUUUGUGAAUGAUGAAUAACAGCUGUUGUGCAUUGUU